AUGAAUUGUUCAGAAUCUAGUUUCUUAAUGAUAAGAGAAAGAUCAUGUUUUCAACUUGAUAAUGGAACAUUUAAUGUGAAGAUUGGGUUAAUAAAUAAUUUGAAUCGUUUAUUAGAAUUUUCAAAGCAACAGCCAUCAAAAAAAAUUAAAACAAGUAGUAAUGCAGAUUCUAAUUCCAGUUUAUCAUUUGAUUUUAUAAAUAAAUAUCGAUUAUUAAAUUUACCUGGAUCUUUACCGCAUCUAUCAUUAUUAAAUUCAUUGAUUUCAAGUUCAGAUUCAAGAAUCAGUGAAGGAGAAUUUAGAUUCGAUCAACUUCAAAAACAUUUUGAUAGUCUUAAUGUGCAAUAUGCAUUCGGCUCUGAAGAUUGUACUGGCAUAGUUAAAAGAAUUAAAUAUGAUUCAACAACAAAUACAUUUACUGGAUUUCCUUCAUUACUUGAUCAUGGAAUGCCAGUUAAAUCAUAUUAUCAGAAUGACUCAUUUGAUGCAUUAAAAUUAUGGCUCAAUUCAAUUAGUAAAGCAUCGUUAUUGAAUGUACAUAUGAUUCAGCCAGUGCAAUCCGCAGAUAAUAGCAGCAUACCAAGUCCUUAUCUAUUAUCAGCAUAUGGAAUUGACAAUACUGCAACAGCGAACGACAUAUUACAGAGAUGGUGGUAUAUAUUUAAUCAAUCCUUACAAAGAAAUAUCAGAAUCAUUGGUUUUUCUACUGGCGCGGAUCUAAAACAUUUACGUGCUAUGCGUUUAAUGAGCGGUUUUCUUGGAGCUCUUCCGAAUUUUCAAGUUCACCAGCACCCACAAGCAUUUCAAAUAAAAAUAAGAUCACACUGGUCUUGGUUUUAUCUUUGUGAACAAGAAUUAUUAUUAUUUUUUCAAGAUCCGACACAUUUGGUAACCAAAUGGCGUAAUCGUUUAUUAUCAGCAACAGCAGAUUUAUGUCUCGGAAAUCAGUCAUUAAUUAAAUUAAUUGCUCAAGGAAUUCCAAAAUCAUUUUCAUACAUUAAGAUUUUUGAUUAUGUUCACUCAAUAAUAAUUCGCCUUGGUCAAUCAGAGAAAUUUCAUCAAAUAACUCAAAAUGAUAAAUAUUCAAAAGAUAAAAUUCAACAAUUAACUAAAACUCAACAACAAACGGAUGAAAAUCUUAAAAGAGCUGCAAAAGCUAUUCGACUUGUUGUUAGUGAUAAAGAACGAAUUGCAUCGUUUUGUAAUCGAAUAAAUUCAGCAUUGAAUGUUAGUGAAAAACGUGGAUUAGAAUAUGUUGAACAAUUAAUUAGCCAAUUAGAUGCACUUGUUCAACUUCCAGCAAAUUCUGAUGAUAAUAAUAAAUCGUCGCCUGAAAUGGUUUCAUGCCAAACAAUGGCUAAUGGAUUUGUUAAUUUAUUAAAUCGACUUAAAAAGUUAAUUAUUAGCAAUACAAAUGAUAUUCAAUCAUUAAAAGAACAUUGUCAAAUGUUAACAGAACAAUUUCGACAAUUAUCUGAACAAGAUGUAUCAUCACAUAUUGAUUCAACACAAACAGUUCUCGUUCAAGCUCAUCCAGUUAGAGUUCAAGUUAAUCAUCAUCCUCAAUCAGCAUUUAAACCAAUAAAACCUGAACAAGAUUAA